UUUUCCUUUUCACCUCUAUAUAUCAUCUCCUCCUCCUGCUCAUAUUUCUCCAAACUUUCUACAUGAUCUCAAACCAAAGAAAUCGUUAAUUGUUUUCCAUAAUUAGCCAUGGAAUUUCUCCACAAGCUCUGGGAUGAAACGUUAGCCGGGCCGACGCCGGAAUCCGGCCUCCCGGAACUCCGCAAGUACAACUCUUUCUCCGCCAGGUCCGUCGCUGCUCCGCCUCCGCAUGCAGAUGACAGCCACGGCCUUAUCCAGAGCACCACCGCCGUCCGGAGUAAUGCUCAUCGUAUCCUUAGUGUUGCAGUCGGGCCGCCGUCUCCGUCUGCCUCCAGCGCUCCAACCUCUCCGUUUUCACCAAAUAACCCUGGUGGGAAUUUUAAGAAGUUAACGAGGAGAAAAUCGACAUCUGCAGCAGCGCACAGCUCUGAGUCCAAGAGUCCCACUGGCUACGAUUGGAUCGUGCUAAGUGCUUUGGAUCGAUGAGAAUGAUCAAGGAUGACAGUUUUGUUGGAUCAAACAAGUGUUGUAAAUAUUUGCCUCAAAGGGUUCCCUUUUUCUGUAUGGAUUGGGCUUUUUAUUUUAGAUUUUAUUGCAUUUUGUAUUCUAUUUGACAUAGACAUGACAUGUGUAUAAAAAUUAAAUAAUUUAUCUUAUAUAAAAAAAAAUCUAUAUACAUUUUU